AUGUCUGGGAACGAGGAGCCGUUGGUGAAAUCAACACUGGCCUCGAGUGCUGUCCCUCCGGGCCAGCCUGAGGCGGAAGCUUCGGUGGCUAACGCAGAUAUCUUCAUUUUAGCAACCUCUGGCAAUGGCUCUCAACCUUCCAAAGCGGGACGCCGACGACGCGCCCCCGACUUGAAGAACAAACCACCCAAAAGUCAGCAUUUUUACUUUGUCGACUCGAAUUCGUCUUCUAAGGAAAAGCGCGCCCAUGUUAUGCGUCAUCAUGUGCAAGAGAAAAGAAAGCAGCGCAAGAUGUCGCAUGGCUCUGCGGAACAAGCUUCCGGUGGCAUCGCAUGGCCCGUGAAGGCAGAUGCAGGACUUAUGGCCGAUACUGAAUCAGAUGCGUCCUCGACUGCACUUGAGCCUUCUUCCGACAGUCAAUUUUCGGUAUGGGAAUAUCAACUUCAAAUUAGAUUCUCCAAUGUGAAACCGCCCUCACAGCCUCUACCACUACACAUUGGUUCGCCUAUCACAAUACUCGAUGCUUCUCGAAAAGAUCCAUUCGACAGUCUCCCGGUGGAAUAUGACCCUGAGGAUCUUGAAUUGGCCGACUUUUGGACAAGCAAGUUAACAUAUUGGUCCGGACAAAACCUCUAUUUAAAGAACCAGAUAUUUCGAACGGCAAUGGGAAACCCUCUCUCAUUCAAAGCGGUCAUCCUUGCAUACUGCGCGCGGUGGAAAGCACAACUAUACGGCAUGACCGACAGCUUGGAAAUACAGCGUCACGUCGGUCAAGCGACCCAACUCAUUGAAGAGGCAACCUCGGGCUCCAUGAAAGCAAAGCCGGAUGAUCUUGCCAUGGCAUGGGCUGGAAUGGCCUUGCACGAGGAACGAUUUGGAAGUAAACAGAAAGCGCAAGGGCAUAUUGAUCAAGCCGUUCAACUUAUGCGGCCACGAACUGGAAGCAACCCGCCCGUGGAAACGUUCAUACACUACGUCCGAUACAUUACAACCCCCGAAACCCCCAAGAUCACCUUGCCCGAGCAGAACUGGCUACUCACGUUUCUCCGUGGCGCCGAAGACCUAAUGCAACUGCAAAGUACCCCCGAAUACCUCUCCGAAGCCCCUCACCGACUCAAAGCAUUCCAAAUGGAGAGCCCACUCUUCUCUCUCCUGUCCAGCGGGCCGCGUCCCUCCCAGGUCCCGCAGGCCUGGCGCAUCUAUGUGGUUCGCGACGCACAAACACAAGAGGUCAGUCGCACCGCCGCCCUCAUCUAUAUCACUGCGGCACUGUGGUACUUGCAAGAUUCCUCCGAUAAAGCCAAUCGGUUCCUGGCACAGGUGUGCGCCAUGGUGAGACAACAUCACCUGGACCAGGAUCCUGCUUGCGAAACGCUCCUCUGGUUACUGCUGGAGGAAGGGUAUGAUUCCGAUUUACGGGACCCCGAACGCGUUUGGUCGACAGGCGAGUUGCUCCGAUGUCACAAGCAACUCCGACCGGACCUUCAAUUCCAAUUUAACGAGAUCCUCAUGAGUCUCCUCUCGCUGCACACACCUAUCCGGGGGGUGAAGGUCUUUGAAGAGGAGCUCCAUAGCCCAUAA